AUGUAUAACGAUCCUGCCCAAUCAUCAUACGCCCAAUACAAUCAAUAUGGCCAACCAUCGCCGGCGCAGCAGAACCUUCACCGGCCCAGUGUACCCGGCUCUUCUGUUAUCAACAGCGCUCGAGGGGAUUUUGCAGUUCAUGGGCAACAAUACCCUCCGACGGCGCAAAGGCAGCAUCAGUUGAGCGGACAGCAUGCCCAAAGACAGCCAGCGGAUAAACGCCAGCAAAGAAAUGAGAUGAUGAUGAGCAUGAGGUAAGGGAAUGGGAUAGUAGUAGGCGAGCUUUGCAGGGCUAUUUUCCAAUCUUCUACAGUCGGAAAAAGAACAAGAAACACGCUCAAAGCCUUCGUGGAAAAACGGGGAAAAAUCAUGUUUAUAAAGACUGCAUUACUUUUUGCCUAAAUGUGACUAUAGAGAGCUCUGAAAUUGUUUUACAUAUCUAAUUUUUCGGUGUUCUACUGAGGGCCUUCUUCAGCAAGUUGAUGGGUUUUUAGCUCCCCAUUUUAACUAACAACCAUAAAAAAUCAACAUUUUAGAAAACAUCGAUCCUUGGACGGCUCACAAUUCCUCCGUGAACUGGACCAUCAAGCUCCGCCUCCACCACCUCCCUCUUACGGUGUGCCCAUAAAUGAUCCCUAUGCGUACGAUCAGUAUCCCCAACGGCCGGACAUGCAGCAUCAGCCGUUUCUGUCGAAUAUUGGAGCCACAGAAUACCCAGCGCCCUAGUAAGUCACCAAGCUUUUAUUAUGUUUAUAUCUCAGGGCUUAUUUUGCUGAUCAUAUGGGAAUUAACGUAUUAUAACUAGCAUCUAAAAAUUGAUUUUAUUGGAACUGGUAAUGUGCUUCAUUGGAAGCCAAUUUUUAUUCUGUAAUAUCGCCAAAGGGCCUGAAUUUCAAUAUGUUUCGAACACGAUCGAGCAUGAUGUAAAAACAUGCAAUCUGCAUGAAAAAAUAGCUUACAGGCCGAAUGAGAGCCUUUAGGCGAUAUGGGGUUCUAGGCCAACAACUGUGGUCCUAAAGCGCCAAAAAACUUAAUUUUUGCCAAUUUUUAUUUUCUUUUACAUAUUUAUCAAGUAAUCAGCAAAAGCAACCGUGGUGCAUCUAACUUUCACCGUUUUUCAGCCUCUAUUAGUUACAUUAUAGAAAUGGUUUUUUUUCAGUCUCGAAACCGCCUAUAAUCCAAAGCCACAAGCCUCGGGCCAUUCCUACGCCAACGCUGACGUUGAGGUCCUGAAAAGAGAGAAUGCGGCAUUAAAUGAGAAACUCAAUUACAUGAUGAAUUCCAUUAAGUCUUUUUGGUCACCCGAACUGAAACGGGAGCGUCAGGGACGAAAGGAGGAUGUCCAACGACUCCAACACUUCCAAGACAAGGUCAUGCAUCAAGCAGUAAGUCCAAUUCUUUUCUGCUUGCGCUGUGGUUCAGAGAAAUUUAAUUUCUGGCGAUUUUGCUACAAUUUGCCGGCAGUCACUGUAACUUUUAGCGCCCACUUCAGAGCGAGAUCCAACACAUCCGUCAAGAGCUGGAUCGCCGGGAAAAAGACAUCACCGAACUCAUGGGCGACACCGACAUUCUCGACAUGGAAGACGAAUUGCGGCAGCUGCGAAAGCAGCUCGUAAAGGAAAGGCAACAGCAUUACAAUGCGGCGGUUACAAUAUCGCCUCCGAAGGAUUAUACGGACAAAUCGUUGACUUCCGCGGAGUAUCACACAAUGCUCAUGAAGCUGGAGAAGUCGGAAAUGGCACUGACCGAGAAACAAAGGGAAUUGCAAAGUGCUGAACUCCGGUGAGGAAUUGGUUUUAUUAGGUUGUCCAGAAAGUUCGUUCGUUUUUUUCACUGCUUUGUUUUCCGAAGAUUUUUUGUUGUUUGGCAAAGGAUAUAUAUUUAUUUGAUACAGCCAGUUUUGUAGAGGAGAAAAGGCUGUAUCAAAUAACUAUAUUCCAUUUGCCAAAGAACAAACAAUCCUUGUAAAACAAAGCAAAAAAAACGAACGAACUUUAUGGACGACCUAAAACUUGGGAUGAACCUUGAAGCCUUAUUUUCUUAAUAACUUGCGAAAUUUUGGGUCAAAGUUGAUAAGAAUUAUAGCUUUUGAAUCUACAGGGCUUCAGUUUUCCUGUGUAUAGGUUUUUUUUUCUCGAUAAUCCUUUGCUGAUCCACUUCUCAUUCGAAGAAACCACUCUAACUUUCAGUCUAAAAGGCGCGGAAGAGCAGAACAAAGAGUUGGAAAAGCGUUUGGACAUUGUUGGCAGAUCCAACAUAAGUAACGAUGCGCAAGUCAAACUGCUUCAAGAUGACGUCAACAUGUUACGACAGAAGUUGGAGACCCGAAACCAGUUAAUCGAGAGCAAGGAGAAGGCAAUACGGCUGCUGGAAAAGGAUGUGGACGCGUUGAGACAGCAACUCCAAGAGGCUAACAAAAAUUUGCAUGUAAGGGAGGUGGAGGGGCGGUGUUUGAAGGAGAAAUUGCUUGAUUUUCGAGGUUUUUAGGGCCGAGAUUUUUCUGAAAAUUUGAGGCUACUUUUGUUGAUGAUUUUGCAGGCAAAUAAAAUAGUUCUGUUUGCGAAAAUAUCGAGAUUUUCAGGCCGAAAAAUGGGCUAAACUCGACACUUUUCCUGCAUUUUUGUGACUUUAAUGAUCGUUGGAUAUCUAGGCCACCCUUGUAACGAAAAACUUGAGAUUUGCAGAAAUUAAAAUCACCCCUAGUUAGAAUAUUUUGUGAAAAUUUGAGGAUGCUCUGAGACUUAUGCCCCCGGUAUUUCCCCAUUAUAUCAUGGGGGAUUAUGCUCAAAUAAAACUUCAUUUUCUCAAUCUUCAGGACCAAAAGACCCGGACUGACAAUCAGCAAAUCCGCGUUGAUCAACUUGAAACCCUCUUGCGAGAGCGUGAGACCGAAAUUGAACGCCUAAAACAACGGCUUCAUCAACAACCGUCGACUCGAAUCGAGUCGGAACUCCGCCAACAGGUUCAUAAUUUGGAGCUGGACAAGCGGAAGCUCCAGGAGCAAAUUGAUAAUAUGCGAGUGGAGGCGGAGAAGGAGAAACAGCAGCAGGUAAGCCGAGGCCUUUCGACCAUAAUAUCAAGCUGGGCCUAGGGUUGACUGAAAACAUGAGGAAGCCCAAAAACUGUGAUGUAAGUGCGGCUAGAGAGUGUAGAAACUGUAGAAAUAACUAGUCAGCACGUAGUAAUUUGCACAGUAAUCUUAGUUGUGGGCAAUUGUCUUCUAUUGUGAGUACCUAUCAUAAAAGAAGGGCAGGGAGAGUCAGUCGAAUAUAUAUGUAAUAUUGGGCUUCUUUUGUAAAUAACAAGGGAAAUAAUAAAUCGGAAUUUACAAAAAUUGUAUUUUUGGAGCUCACCUAUCCAUGGACAAGUAACUUUUUGCCGUUACCGCCCCUUGGGAAACUUGUGAACUUCACAGUCUUUUUAAAAAUUUUCUAGCCCGGAUUUUGGUGAUAUAAUGUCAUCCAACAUAAGUUAAGAGACUUGGGCGUUGUUCAGAUACGUUUUUUUAAAUUUUGAUCUAUCGCUUUAUAGCUUAUGAUACAUUAGAGGUGCAAAAAAGAACUUGUUUCUUAAAAUUUCAGUUUUUUCACCAUUUCUAACGGCAUUUGUUACAGAUCGCCCAAGGCCAUCUAAACAACAAAAAUUUACUGCAGAGCAACUGAAGUCCUCUAGGUCACAAAAUUAUAGUCGUCGUAAAGUUUGAUGCAUUGUUUUCCAAGUUAUUGGCUAAAGAAAGCCUCCAUGUUCGGCUGACAAAACCCUGUAGAGCACGAAAACUAAUUUCCAUGUUGAUGUAAACCGAAUUUUUGUUUAACAUUUGGACCCAAGUUACGAAAAGCUCUUUUUAAAUCUCAUAUUUAGCUUCAAGUUUUCCAAGACGAAACCAAGCAACUAAGGUCUACCAUUGAGUAUCUGCAGAAGGACCUCGCGGAUCGACAGAUUUUGUUGGCGUCGCAAAACGAAAAGAUCUCACAGUUGGAUGCGAAUGGAAAAGUGAUUGGGGACAAGUUGAAUGCGGAUGGGAGCUCGGGAUUUGCAAUUAAAAACCAUUUGUCGCAUUCAGAAGGCCUACAAGGAGACCUGGAUGAGGCCAGAAAAGAGGUCGACCAUUUGUUGAGGACUGUCCAAAAUCUGGAGAAGGAGAAACAAACGCUGCUCAACAAGUUGGCUGCUAAUAAGUAAGAGAUCUAUUUUUUUUUAUAUUUGAAAAAGAAAAGUUAUCAAAAAUGAUGACAAAAUUUGUUUGCGCAGUGGUUCAAUUUUGGAAAGGUAAAAUUCUUGACAUUUUGCCAUCGGAUUUCCUUCAAAUUUUUAUUAUUUUAUCUGUUCUGAAUAACCCUCAAGCUCUGAAAAUUUUAGCUCACGUUUUUCAAAAGCAAUUGAGGUAUUUUAAAAGUAUAUUUAAAAGUAAUUAUGCAUGCCAGAGACAGUAAAAAAUGAUGAGAGACGGUCAAAAAGGCCCAUUUCUUGAAAGAUCGCAAAAUUUUUUGCUGCCUCCGGAACACGCUGGUUUAAAUUUUCUAGGGGUUAAUUUGUACUCCUCACAAUUUUUUGUUGAUAACUUCGGUAUUGUUUUGCCUAGACAUUAACUGCUUUUUCAAUUUUUUCAAUUCUUUUAAGGUCCUCAGACAAUAGUACAGCAAUAAGCAAGACCACCCCUGAUUACUCCGGUUCUUCUUCCUCCUCCAGAAAAGGCGAUAGCGCGUUGAAAAUUCGUAUUGAUGAGUUGGAAGAGGCGUUGCGGGAGUCUGUGGGCAUCACCUCCGAAAAGGACAAACAACUGAGUGAACAGAAGGCGCUUCUUCAACAACUAACCUCACAGAUAAACGAGCUGUACAAGGACCCCUCAAGACGGCUCAAGGGAGUUAAGACGGAUGCUGAUGUGAAAGCAUGGGAGGAAGAGAGGCAGCGUUAUCAAAGACAGCUGGUAAACCUGAGGUAGGAUAUUUUGAAUGCGAUUUUUGUACAGUGGGGGACCUGAUCCAGUGGAAAAAAACGUACCAUUUUGCAUCCGAGAAGUAUCAAAAAUGUGGCAAAAUGCUUCACUCUCCAAGUGAAAAAACUUCGAUUUCAAAAGCCUUCUUUUUGUGAGGGAAAGACGCGCCUUACAAACGAAAUUUUUUCACUUGGAGAGGGAAGCAUUUUGCCACAUUUUUGAUCCUUCCCCAUUGCGAAAUGGUACCUUUUUUGCCACUGGAUCAGGUCCCCACAGUAUAAUAUUUAUUCAACAAAUAAUGUCAUCAUAAUUUAAUAUUCAGAAAGGAGGUGACAAUGGCGGCAAUAAGAGAGAAAGAGGCUUGCAUUCAACUUCUCCAAGGUCCUCCGGAAAACAUAAAAGAAAAAAUUGAGAUCCUAGCAAGGCAAAAAGAACAGCUACGGCAUCGUCUGCUAACACAGAACAAUGAACAGUACAGCACAUCCGAGAACGGCCCAUACCUGGCGAAUGUGUGGAUGGCCGCGCAGCAAGAGCCCACAACAACUGCUUAUCCGGUUCAAAAGCCUCUAGCCACAAUCACAUCACAACUCCCGCCAUCGCUGACAAACGGGACAACAACGACGUCGGCCGCAAUGAACCGAAUGCAGCACUAUCAGCAACAACCGUAUUCGAAUUAUGUUAGUCAGAGCGGAGCGGCGGCUGGUACCGCGACUCUGGGAAGAGCGGGGCUUGGAGCGGCGGCGGCUGCAAGACCCGUUGCAGGUAUGAUUGGGGAAAUGCUUAAAAAAAGGAUAUUUCUGGAGCUGGUGUUUUAAAAAAGGGAUAUUUCUGGAGCUGAGGUAUAUAGAGUUUGAUAAAACAUAUGGAUCAAAACUUUUAAGGGCAUAUGCAAGAUUUUUAGCUUUAAUUUUGCUGAAUCCAUGGGGAUUUACAGGUCAAAAUGAGGCAGAACUUUUUGCUUUCGAAGGAUUCAGUUUUCAGACUUGACUUUUUCUUUUGUCAGUAAACAUUGUUAAGUAUCUCGGCUCCUAAAGCGAAUGAUGAGCUGAGAUUUUAAGCCAUUGAUUUAUGGGCAACAGGCAUUCAAAUUUGACGAAAAUUGUCUUUGAAACCGGCUAACUAAAGAACAUUGAGCUCUUUUAUCUCGUAAAACAAGCUUUAUCCCUUCUACUUUGCAGGUGUUACCGCUGGCGCCGUUACAAACCCGGUGAAUGUGGCUAUUCCGGCCUACGGAUCGGUCCCGUCCGCACCGGCGUCUUUCACUUAUGGCAAUAGGGUAAGCCUCCGUGUAUCCAAAAACUAACAGCUUUAGGAAAGUUCUAUCGAAAUUAAAUGGUGAUAUUUCAGACCGACGGUGUUGAUGACGAAGGAAUAUGGGCUUAA